UGACGGCGUGUUAUCCAAAUAACGGGGAGAAGAACAAACUGCACCGCAGUGACACGGGCUGGAGAAAUUGGGGAGAGGUGGCAGAGCGAAGACUGAGAAAUCGGCCGGCCCAGUAAAGGAGCUAACGCGUUGCCGUUCACAAUGGACGGUCAGGUUUCAAGGAAAAGUUAGCUAAAGUUAGCUAGCUGGCUAAUUAGUGAUUAGGCUGUGAUCCGCUGUGUGUGAUAGUAAGCUUACCUGUCUAACUUAAAAGUCAGUAGUCUAAUUCGCAUAGCUAAUAUCUUAACCCUGGGGUGCUGAAUAUUAGUUUGCGUAUAUAUAGACAGAACGCUAAUGCUAGCGACUUGCUCCCUGCCGUAGCGUCGCCGUUUUAACUUGCAGCACUGCAUCAGUCCCUUAGGAAGGAACUGGGAAAUACAAACAGUCGGUGCUGCUGGGCCACACAGAAAAACGUAUAGCUCAGCUACCUAUCUAGCUGGCUAGUUAGUUGGCUAAAUUAGUUUGGUUAAAAGCUUCUGAAAUCGCUUGUCAAGCGGAACAUUAAAAGGAUUAGGUAGCUACCAUGGUGGUACAUUGCGGAAGUUAUCAAACAAUAACGAAUUUGUAGCUAUAUAGUCUAAACUAGCUAAAAAUUAUUAUUCUGGAUUACACGAAUCUGUUGUUGUGUAAUAGUGUUACGUUAGUCUACUGAUAUUUAACGUUAGCUAGCUAGCUGACGCUAGAAAGUUUACAAUACAUGGUGUAACAGAUGCUAACAUUUCGUUACACUAGCGAGAUUGUCUCCACUGUUGAAGCCACAUUUUGCACCUAAUGUGGUUCAUUGGCUAGCUAGUUACAUCAAAUUUAAAAUACUGAAGUUUAUUAACCGUUAUCUGCUCUGAUGGCUACUGAAUGUACGGAAAGUGACGCGGGGCUUAUAGAGACAAGUAACGUUAUUGAUAUGAACUCAAACAAUAGCAGCUCCGAACCAGACACACCCAGCAUAUCUGAGGAUCUGGAAAACAGGCCGGCGACACCGGCGACUUUGACGUCGGGUGAAGAUGAAGCAGACUUCGUGGACAAAACGUCCCCUUCGUCGGAGAAAUGUGAUGUUGGGGAACCUCAGUGUGCAUCUGACGCAGAAGCAUCAGGUCCGCCGCAGCAAACAACUCCAGACAAUGAACAUGUUUUUGUUCAUUGUCUGGAGACGCAGCCUAUUGUCGAUGUUCAAGUUUCCUCUCCAGUGGAACUUCCCCGGCCAAACCCCUCCUCUAUACACAAUGGAAGUCUGGAGCGUCAGGAGUCCGUGGCCACCACAGAGGCGCGGCUAAGAAUGGAGGGGGUGGAGCUAAAGGAGGAGUGGCAGGAUGAGGAUUUCCCCAGGCCACUGCCUGAGGAAGAGGAGGACAUACAGAUGGAUGAGGAGCUCUUCACCGGUGCCCCAGAGGACGGAGAAGCCGCCACGCAGCCCUGCGGGUCGAACAGGGAUAAGAAAGUGAAGAAGAAGCUGGUGGCGCCCGACAUCAGCCUGACCCUGGACCGCAGCGAUGGCUCGGUUCUGUCCGACGAGCUGGAGGAGAGCGGCGACCUGGACCUGGACGAGAUCGACACGCCCUCCGACAACAGCAACGAGUUUGAGUGGGAAGACGACCUCCCCAAGCCCAAAGCCACGGAGCUGCUGCACAAGGGGGUGGAGUCAGUGCCGGAGUACUCCGCCGCCGAGGAGCGCGAGGAGGGCCGGCGCUGGAGAGUGUUCCGGAUCGGCGAGCAGGAGCACCGCGUGGACAUGAAGGCCAUCGAGCCCUACAAGAGGGUCAUCAGCCACGGAGGUUACUAUGGAGACGGCUUGAAUGCUGUCAUUGUGUUUGCUGUAUGCUUUAUGCCUGAAAGCAGUCAACCAAACUACAGAUACAUCAUGGACAAUCUUUUCAAGUAUGUGAUUGGGACUCUGGAGCUGCUGGUAGCAGAGAACUACAUGAUCGUGUAUCUCAACGGAGCGACGUCCCGCAGGAAGAUGCCCAGCGUUGGCUGGCUAAGGAAGUGUUACCAGCAGAUUGACCGAAGGUUACGCAAGAAUUUGAAGUCUUUGAUCAUCGUCCACCCCUCUUGGUUCAUCCGCACACUCCUUGCCAUCACAAAACCCUUCAUAAGCUCAAAGUUUAGCCAAAAAAUCAAGUAUGUAUUCAGCCUGAUGGACCUGGCUGAAUUAGUUCCCAUGGAAUACGUGUCGAUACCGGAGUGCAUCAAAGAGUAUGAUGAAGAAAAAAAUAGGAAAAGGCGUAAAAGGAUCGACCGGGACAUGCACGGGAAGGCGGAGACCGCCAGCGCGGCCGCUCCGCAGUGAGGCGCGGGCGCCAGCAGGGGGCGCCGUUCGGGAGAAGGACGAGAUGGAAGGACGCCGAUCUACAGCGGGCCGUAGUUUUACGGUCUUCGUGUCCUCAGCCUGCCGGUCUUUGUAACUGUUUCAGCACUGGAACAAUCAAGUGCCUUUCACGUCCGAGUCAUGGGCAUCUGUUACGUCGGAAAUCCUAUCACUGCUGUGUUAGUCUGCAAAACACUUGAUCUGUGGUCUAUAUCACAACACGCCGUUACAUUUUUAUAACCUUUUUAUGUAUCAAGCCAAACUUAGGUUUCGUCAUAGUUAACAUUGUAUCUUGCGGAUAUUUAAGGCACUCUGUUACGAAUGGUUGAUGCAUGUUCCUCUUUACAUUUAAAUGUGUACAUAUAUUCAAAUAAGCGAUAAAAGGUCAGAGUAAUAUAUUUUUAUGGUUGUGAUUUGAAUUUAUUUUGUAGGUCAGCAGACCCACAGAUCGUGUUGCAUUUGUGUAGAGCUGGUGUAAAGUCACACCUGUCCCUUUGCGGAUGUCUGUUGGGACUCACACCUGAAUGUCUGCACGGUGUAUUUCCUCUACCUGCUUAUCUGCAGAAAAUGGAGACAAAAACAGAAGAGAAACAAAGGGAAAGUUCUGGAAAACAAAGUUCUAGAAUAAAGGUUUCAAAGUUUCUAAGGCCA